UUAAGCAGUUUUAAUUAAAAUAAAAUACAUAAUAAGAAUUACUGGAACUUAACUUUCAGACACCAUGGUAUGUUCUACGAAAAACACUUGUGUUUAAACAUAUCUAAAAUAAAUAUUUUAAUUGUUAUUCAACUUGGACUAAAAAUCUCACUUUUUUUUAGAAUGACCCAUAUAUUACCACAAAAAUCGUUGUUAUCGUUAUUAAAAAUAGAGGUGCCGUUUUCGCCCGACACAUAGUAGCCGUUUUCGCCAGAGAAAUCGGUGACGUUUUGCUGAGGUGCCGUUUUAGCCUGCACACCCUCAACCCUGGCAAUAGUGAUUCUCCUAUCGUAGCUAAAUUCCUACUGACAAAAGACAAGAGUGAUAUUUUCAAGAGAGGACGGGAACAACAAGAUAGAAAUCACCGAUCACGUGUAACAGAGGAUUUCCCACAGAAAAUACGAGAGGAUAGACGCGCACUGUCUACCUACUUUCAAGAAGCCAGAGACAGCGGGAAACGACCUAAGAUACGUGUUAACAAGCUUAUUGUGGAAGGGCAGGUAUAUAUGUACGACCGACAAGACAAGUGUGUGAAGAAGGUGUCUACAGGUGGGGGAACGCAUCGUGAUGCAAAGCCCUCUUUUCGCGAUCGUUCACGGAGUGAUUUGUUUGGACCCGGAAGCAACACAAACCGAGACACACCUCCUUCAGGGGAGUUAACUCCCAAUGUUGACAAUUUUGGUAAGUGAUGUGACGGCCCGGCCCAACAUUUGAUAUUCUCUCGUGGAAUAUAGAAGGACUGCGAAAAUAUGAAAACUCGACAUCUCAGAAAUAUUAAGGUGGGAACACCAAGAUGGACUUCACCCAACCAUUAGGGGACUCACUCGUGCUGAUAGACAACGAACAAACACAAACCGAUACGUAGACGACAUGGAGGACAGUUGUUGUGACACGCCCAAAAAUGUUCGUGACAGAAAUCACCCACAGGUUUCACAUAACAUGGAUCUGGGAGUGCAACUGCACGAUGAACUGAUGCCACAAUUACCGACCAAAAAUGUUCGUGACAGAAAUCACCCACAGGUUUCACAUAACAUGGAUCUGGGAGUGCAACUGCACGAUGAACUGAUGCCAAAAUUACGGACCAAAAAUGUCUGUGACGGAAAUUACCCAGAAUUCAUAUCCGAAGAUUCAAAUGACAUACAGAUAGCUCGGCAGCAGAAGGAAGAACCGAUGGCGCUUCACGCUGUCAAGCGAGCAAUGGUUCGCCAGUCGGUCGCACCUGGCUUCAACACCGGGUGUUCAGACAGAAAUGGAUCCCAAGUCUCCGUCGAUGCCAAUCUGAGUCCACACGCGGACAUGGAUGUGUCGGUCAACACGUUUAUGUCGCUGGAUGCUACACACACAGUGAAUAACAUACGAGGGUGUGAAGACGUCAUAUUGAUUAACAGUAUCAAGGCGAAGGAGGUUGCCAUCAGGAGCAAGACAUCAGUCAUCAACACUAUCGAACAUCAAGGAACUGCCCAGUCCAGCGCAUCUCCAUUUGAAAACCUUGUCAGUUCAACCUGGGAACUUAUUGAUGAGGCUGAAGCAAAACCAUACGUAUCAACCCGUACUGCCCGAACUGCGUUCCGUCUUCUCCAUCAAUACGGUUCAAUAUUCAUCAAGGGGAAGUCAGGCUCGGGUAAAACCAGACUUGCCUUGCGUCUGCUGUCGCAUAUUUCAAAGAAAACAGGCCGAAAACCAGUCAAUAUAUCCCAAUGGCAGCAGUGGGACUUCAUACCAAAGACGUUUAACAAAACAAAGUUUGUGGUGUUGAUUGACGACAUAUAUGGUUCAAACAACUUGAAUGGUGAUCGCAUCCAAGAAUGUGAAAGAUAUUUUGAUAUUAUGUGGCCUCAGGCUGAGUCGGGCGAUAUCUUCUGUAUCCUCACAUCCAGAUCCGAGAUCGCCAUCUUAUGUAAAUACAGGAUGAAGAAAUAUGACAUUGUCAAGAAGGCUCUGUGUGUUGACAUGGAUGGGAACAAGUACCCCUUAACCAGUAAUGAAAAAAGCAACAUGCUGCUAAAAAUAUGUGAUCUCCACAUCAGCGAAGCUGAUUUCGUUCGGGUAGAUGAGAUGGAGAUCUCACUUGGAUUUGUUCAGUGUUGUGUGUUUUUUGCAAGCAGUAAGGAAGCUCAGACAAAAGGGAUUACAUUUUUCCUUCAACCGAACGAAUUUAUACUUGCUGAGGUGCACAAACUUCAGGUCAAUGACGGUAUUGGUUACCUGGUCUUAUUGAUAGUACUCAUGUGUAAGGGAGAGUUGGAUGUUAGACAUAUCCAUCCCAUUAAAUGCAAGAUUGGGACGCUUAUUGCGAAUUUGAAGGAGUGUUGUCAUAUGACAGCUGAAGUGACUCUUUCCUAUUUACGGGACAAGGCAGACUCCCUGUGUGGCACGUACCUGAGACACACCGGACUCGGAUACGCGUUCAAGCAUCAGUUCAUACACGACGCUGUCUUCAUCAACUUUGCCAAGAGGUAUCCAGACUUGUGUAUUGACGUAUGUUCUCCUGACAUGUUGAUCGAGUUGGUUCGGACUGAGGCUGAUGGCGAUACUGGGAAUACUCUGUGUCUACCAGAACACUGUUUCCCAGCGCCGGUUGGUCGGAUCACCAACCUGUUGGAAUCUGGUGAUGGACAUGUUCUCAGCCAUCCCGCAUUCCACCACGAGGACUUUGUGCAGCUUCUUCUACGAACAUGGACAGAUGAGGAGCUCAGGAAACUGUUACUCCACGAUUUCAAACCAGCAACUGUUUCGGUUCCUCAUCCUACGUUGCUAGGUAACAGAAUUCAUAUGUUUACAUACAAUAAACUGUCCAUUGCUUUCAUACUGAAUAAGCAUAAACAUGUCAUGAAACUGGUGCUGUCAAGAAUGGGAGACGGGUUUAACUUAACGUCAACUGAUUUGGCCUGUGCUGUUUAUGUUCAGGAUGACGAUAUCAUCAGUGAGUUGCGUCAGAUAGGGGUGUCUCCGGAUGUGGAUUGUUUCAGGACACUGUGUCAUUCAAAAUGUGAUAAAAACACAAUGUGUGAUAUUUACCAGCACCUGGAGAGCCAGAUCGAAAGUGUGAUUGAUCUCGAGGACUUGUUCAGUCUUGCUGUCAUGAACGGAAAUACCUACCUGGUACAGUUGCUGGUGGCAAAGCUGAAACAAAAUGGACAACAUGCAGAAAUGUUCCAGAACCAGUUGGUGAUUUUACUGGAGGAACUUGGUCGAACAACUUUGAACGGAAGACAUUCAAUGAAUGAGGGUAAUGGUGAAAGGUUCUACUUUGAUAUCAUUGUUGCCUUGUUUUCUACAGGGUGUGAUAUUGACAUUAAUUACCUUGUGUGGUUGUCAGCUAGUCAUCCAGAUGCAUCAGCUCUGAGAUAUUUUCUCCAGAAACCGAAUGUCUACCCAUUGAAGAGGUUCAGAGCUCCCGACCUUCUAUACAAACAUUCCACAUCUGUGCAACAAGCAGCUGCAUUCGGGGGUACAGAAUGCAUGCAUGAACUGAUUGAAUAUUCCAUACAGAAAGGGGUAUCAAUGUAUGAAGUCUUGAAUGGAUCGGUAACCGAGGAUGACAGUCCACUUGAAUUAGCAUUAGCGUAUGGUAACUAUGACUGCAUGACAUACCUUAUCACAAGAGGAGCUGAAACAAGUAGACAGAAUUCAUUUGGAGAAAAGCUACUCCAUGUAGCUGCUAGGGAUAUGAAUUUGGAUGGCAUCAACAUCCUCUUGAACCACGGAGCAUCUGUAAUUGAUACAGACCUCAAUGGAUCUACACCAUUUGCAUAUUUAUACCCUGAUAGCCAGUGUUCGAAGGACGAUACGUCGGCUGUUGGAACCGUCAGAGCUCUUGUGGAAGCGGGAAGUGACGUUAAUGAGUCUGACAUUGAAGGAAACACGUGUGUCCUUAAAGCAGCUGGGAUCGGUGACAUCCAGACUGUCAGAUACCUGUGUGAUACAGGUGCUGACCUGAAUCGGAAAUACAAAGAUGGGAAAACGGUGCUGCAUCAUGUAACAGAAAACUGUGAUUUAGACACAACAAAAUACCUCAUCAUGAAAGGCGCUGAAGUAGAUGCAGUGGACGACUGUGGCAGGAAUGUGAUGCAUUAUGCUGCAUGGUCACGGAGGGACACUGUAGAGAAGAUGCAGUACUUCAGCGCUUCUCACAACAUGGCCACUAAUGGGACGGACAGGUAUGGUAGAACUGCCCUGUUCUAUGCCGUAGAGGGUGAUGAGGAAGCUGUAGAGUGGCUUGUGGAGGCAGGCCUGGAUGUACAUGCCACAGACAUAGAAGAGGCAACAUUACUCCAUGCAGCUUGUCGGCAAACGAGGAGAGCCAUCAACGAAUCUAUUGUGAUGUUCCUACUGGAGAAAGGGGUUGAUCCGCAUCUGAAGGACAAAGACGGAAGCACCCCAUUACACUAUAUUGCAAGUCAGAGACAUUGUGAGAAGGUUGCGCAGCGUCUUCUGAAAGCAGGGAUGGAUCACAGUGCACCAGACGGUGAUGGAAGGACACCAUUACAUUGUGCAGCAAGGACAAGGGAUGAUGGCCUCACGUUACAGUUGCUGUUAGAGAAAGGGGCAGAUCCACGUGUACAGGAUGGAGAUGGCUGUUCUCCACUUCACCUUGCAGUGGUGUGGCAGGUUGAAGAGAACGUGAAGCUACUUCUGGACGGUGGAGCCAAUCCAUGUGCUUCUGACAGUGAUGGGCGUACAGCAUUACAUUAUGCGGUACAGUCUCGCCAUGAGGGUAUUGUCAAAUUACUUGUAGACAAGUGUGGGAACGAACACUUUUCUAAGGAACAGACCCAGUGAGAGAGGGUGGGGAGGGGUGGG